UGAUGAUGUAAAUAUCAAAUAUAUGAAUGGCAGGACACCUCUAAUGACAGCAGCAAUCAGUGGAAAGACUGAGAUAUUAAUGAUGUUACUUGAAGCUAAGGCAGAUGCUGACACACAGGAUAAGGAUGGCUGGACUGCACUUCACAUGGCAGCACAUGAAGGAAGAGUUGAUGUGGUGAAGAUUCUCAUUAAAGUUCAGGAUCAGAUAAAUGUUUUGACUAAGGAUGGAAAGGCACCUAUAGACUUGGCCAGAGCCAAGGGACACUUUGGGAUUGCUGAGCUCCUGACAAUUAUUUUAUAGAUUAAAUAUUAGUUAUUAUUGGUAGAUUUUCAAUUAUUGGUUACUUAAACUCAAAUAUGCAUAGCUAUUCUUUUUACCACAACAAUUCAUUAACAAUAUCAACCUAUGUUAUCCUAUCUUUGUAAAAAUGACGUCUAUUUUAUUGGUAGCUCCAAGGUGAAUUGUUGUUUAUUAUAAUUAUUAUGCAGAAUCCAUUGUAUAAUAUAAUAUGUUGGUUGUGAGGAAAAA